AUGGCCGGAGCCGACGACGAGAUGGUGGAUUUCUUCUCCCAGUCCCCGACCACUCGAUUAUUCUCUCAGGGAGCAUCAUCUUCCUUUGGUGGUGGAGGUGGAUCUGGCGGUGCCGGUGAACAGGGAGCCGGUGGAGUGGGCGGCGACGGCUUCGAUCUCAACUCCCAGGCCGAUGGCUACCCUGAGAUGGAGUACUACCAGGAGCUGCUACAGUCGGAGGGAGGUCGUCUCCCCCCGAUCCGUGCUGGUCGCCGCUCUUCCGGCAUGCCCGUUACGCCCCCCCCCAUCAACCCAGCCCGAGGAAGGCGAGGGCGGGCCGCACAAGGUGGUCGAGGCCGCGGGAGGUCGAUGCGGGCAUUUGUUCCCCCCGGCAGUGCAUCCCUCGCCGCCGAGGGAUUCGUUCCAGGUCGUGACCGCGGCGUUGCGGGGCGUGGUACCGGUGGAUUUGGUGCAUUUGGUGGAGGCGGUGGCCGUGGUAGCUACUCCGGCUCCAGCGGGAGGGGGGGUCAGAAGAGGUGCUGGCCGUGGUUCAUGAUUGAAUGA